AAACAAUAUUCAACUUGUCUUUGUUCUCAUCGACGACGCCCACACAAAGUAAUCAUAGUUAGAUAAGCGACGCGCUGCUCACUCGGUCCUCUAGCGACCCUGUCCGAGUCUUGACCCAUCUUGACGAUCGACCAUGACCACUACCCAAAGUCUUGCCACCCAGCGCCUCCGUCGCUAUGGAGAGUUCCACCAGGCCGUAUGGGGCGUCAAAAAUGUCUUCCAGUCUUUUGAUUACAAUGAGAAGAAGUACGAGUAUUUCGACCUCGCUCCAUACCGCGGCAUUUUUGGUCAAGAGGCCAAUGGACGCUUCAUCCUCGUCCGUCUUGAAUACACGGCAGCGUACGAGUAUCUGGUCAAGCGGGCAGCUUUACACACCAUAGAUGCGAGGAUGAAUACUGUGCUGACUGGCCAGCCUGGCAUCGGAAAAACACUCUUUCAAAUCUACGUCCUGAUCCGCCGCAUGCAGGAGGCGAAGCCCGUCGCCAUACAGAUGGACACCAAUGAAAUCGUCCUAUUUAACUCAUGGGGCCCUUCUGUCCUUUCAACGAACUCGUCCUCGUCCUCACAUGUUACAAUCGACGUCUGGGCUAUCUGCGAUUCGCUCAGCGGCAUCCAGCCAUGCGAUGCCUUCUUGCGGUCCCCUGCUUCCAUUAUCCAGACGACAUCACCAUCGCCAAAGCAUUACAAGGCCUGGCAGAAGAGUGUCGGUGCCAUGCCGUAUAUCAUGGAUGUGUGGGAGGAACAUGAGCUCGGCGCAUUGAUGGUACUUCUCAAACUUCCACUCGACCGAGGCCUAACACUCUUCCAGAAAUUUGGACCUAGCGUGAGGCUGAUCAUCCGAAUUCUUCGCGACAUCGAAGCGGAGAAGUAUUACGCUCUACAAGUUGCUUACGCGGCAAAGCGGCUUGCUCUGGAUACCUCGAACGAGUUGGAUAAGAUGAUGAACCUCGACUUUGACAGCCACGUCUCAUCUCACAUCUUCUUCCUUACCCCCAGCUCAGAACGAUAUCUGCCUCGCCUGAUUAUACCGACCACCUACCUCGCUCAAUCCUUCGCGCGCGCGAUAAACAGCGCUGGGGAUACUAAUCAAAUACGGAUUUUCGACGCCAUGCGCUCUCAUCUUUCCAUCGGCGUGGCUGAUUGGCUGUACGAAAACUUUGCACACGGCCGGUUCUCGAACAAAAUCGGAGCUCCCAUUGAGGGCUAUGUUUCCGGCAGCGACAUCGCUUACCCGAUUCCGCGUUGCUCGCAGGUCGAGCUUUUCUUGGAGGAAUGCGUCCACGAGAGUCGCUAUCCUUUCUACUGGGUGCCACCGUUGGUCGAUGGUCGCCGGUAUGGCAUGGACGCGAUCAUCUGCAAUGAUAGCGAUGUCGACAGCAGGUUUUUCGACGUCUGGGCAGUCCAGUUCACGAUCGACGGCAUCCACAAGGCUGGGUUGUUAAGAGUUCUCGCAGAAGCUGCCGAAGUCUUCGACCGCAAACGCGUACGCGUCAAAUGGCAUCUCGCCUUUGUCGGACCAGAGUUGAAGGCGGCGGAGCAGGCACGGGAUCGUGUAAGUCAAAUGCUGAAAGAGUGGUGGGCGAAACGGGGCAUCACUCUAUAUGCCUGCGAGCUGCCGCUCGCGUCCCUUUCAGAUCGGGCAUACUGCCGCGUCUUGAAGCUCGAGGAGCACGACCUUUCUCAAUUCACCAUUGACACCGCGAAAAAGUUCAUUGACUCCACAUCGUUCGAUGGAGAUAACGUGGUAGGAUGAGCUAUUGAUCGAGGGUAUGCAUUGAAGGGGUGGUGUUGAGGCUUGUUGAGGGGUACAUACAGAAGAAGUCAACUGUGAAUUUGCAAGAUGACCCAGAUGUGCAAGAUCGUCACCGAUAAUUUCCCCGUGCUCUUCGCACGGGCAAGUUGUGAAUAAUAAAUGCAUAUUCC